UCUUCUCACCAGCACUGAGCCUGUGUAUGGAUUUAAUGAUGAUGAAAAAGAAGAAAUUCAAGUUCAAGGUGGACUUUGAGCUGGAUGACCUGUCGUCGGUCCCUUUUGUGAACGGUGUCCUCUUCUGUAAAGUCAGACUCUUGGACGGCGGCUUCUCCGAGGAGUCUUCUCGGGAGCCGGUGCAGGCCAACUGCGUUCGAUGGAGGAAAAGGUUUUCUUUUCCGUGUAAGAUGAGUGCCAACGCAGGGACAGGAGUGCUGGACCCCUGUGUGUGUCGUGUAUCUGUCAGAAAGGAGCUGAAGGGUGGAAAGGCGUUUGCAAAGCUCGGUUUUGCAGAUCUGAAUUUAGCAGAGUUUGCUGGCUCAGGGAACACAACCCGCAGAUGUCUGCUGGAAGGCUACGAUACCAAAAACACUCGUCAGGAUAACUCUAUUCUCAAGGUUAUCAUCAGUACGCAGCUCAUGUCAGGGGAUCCCUGUUUUAAAACGCCUCCCUCCACAGCCACGGUAAUAGGGAUCCAGGGAGAUGCAGAGAGCCUGCUGGAGGAGAGGAGGGGAGGGGACUCACAGAAAGCCUCUUCUGAAACUCGAGAGGGGAAGUGUCCGGUUGUUUCGGAUGAUUUUGGGGGCUGUGGCCACUCACGGACUUCCAGCUACGCCAGCCAACAGUCCAAACUCUCAGGCUACAGCACAGGUCACUCCCGCUCCUCCAGCAUGUCAGAGUUCAGCCACCGGAGAAACCAUUCGGUUGGCAGCGCCUCAACAGGCAUCGGUAGCAUCCCAGAACCCAGCGAGGACCGAGACAGAGACUCCAGACCCUGUCCCGCUCUGCCUGAACAUCCAGCGCCCACCACCUCCUCCAGCAACACUACAGGCACACCAGUCCGGAGCGCUUCGUCCUGUGAACGACUCAACAGACACCCAGUGAAGCAGGACUCCAUGGAGUCUCAGCUGAAAAGAAUGGACGACACGCGGGUGGAUGCUGACGACGUUGUGGAAAAGAUUCUCCAGAGUCAAGAUUUUACACCGAGCCUACUGGACUCCAGUGCAGAAGAGGAAGGUUUGCGUCUGUUUGUCGGCCCCGGAGGAAGUACAGCCCUCGGAAGCCAUCACCUUCCCACCAGAGUCGGCGCUGGAGCAUACGAGCAGGUGGUGAUAAAGCGUUAAACCUGUAGCCUCUCAGAGACUGACUGACACACUGCUUACAUCCUAAAACUGGAAGUGAGGCUGUGUCAUAUUUCAAUCUUCAUUCCUGCAGCACACACGUUACCUGAUCAGCACGAUCUGCAGCCUGAUCAGCCAGUGAAUGGUAAAUGUUACAACAGUGCCCUCCUGUGUUCAUAUCUGCUACACAACACUGUAGCUUCCUGGUAAAUUUUUUUUAAGAGCAAGAGGUGGACGGUUAUCAUCUCAGUGUAAACACAUACAGCUGUGAAUCAUGGGAAAUGAAACCCAUUGACCAGUGAGUGUUCAAAAUAUUUAAUAUGCAUGUCAGGAGCUUUUUUUAUUAUUAUUAUGGCUCCCUGUACAGAAAGAAGUGUUUCUGGGUUGUCACACAGAACCCAAACUCUACUCUUUUAAAACCGUUACGAACUGGAAGGAAACGAUUAACCUUUUCGUCUUUUAAUGGAGGACGUGAGGACGGGCUCUGUGUACGCAUCAUCAGAGCAAACUGAAGUCUCCGCUGCAGAAGAAUAUGCCAUACGUUUUCAAUACAUUCCUUUUGUCUCUCAGUGAUUACAUGUUUUGUUUUUUGGACUUCCUUUUAAAAUAGGAGGUACUAUUUAAUACUCGCCUAUAAGCUGCUAAAAAAAAAGAGAAAAAAAAGCCGAAGUUGUAAGCACUCCGGGAAAAAAAAGUUGGUGUUUUGAAGGUGAGAAUAUUUUACUACAAAGACAAAGUGUCAGACUCGAGAUAUUAGAUGUGUGAACAUGGACUGUGUGUGAGUGUGUAUGCGUCUGCUAUGUGAUAAGACCACUUUUAUUUAGUAGUAACAGUUAACCUUUUAUGGAGGAGGGAUUGUACCUGAUCUGUAAUGAAUGCUAUGUUGGUACUCGCAUUGAGAAAAUGGAUAACGUGACAAUUUGCUUAUUUUUAUAAUAGAGGACCCUGUUCUUAUUUGUUUGACACACUGCUGUUUCAGAAAAUCUCGCAGUACUAAUCUGCCUUACAAAUGCAAAAUGCAGUGAUAACAUAUUUGGUGAAAAUUAAAGUUCAGAUGGAUUUUUUUAAUUGUGUAACUACAUAUUGGAGCUAAAAACCAAACCGCAGUAGCUGCACUCUGUGUAGUUUCUGCAUUCUGGUUUUAUUUUGCUCCCCAGGUUGCAGCAACUACUUUUAGUUUUUGUAAACUCUGGGCUCUAGUUGCAUUCACUGCACUCUGUUUGUUAUCUUUUUAAAUAACAAAUAUCCAUGCUGAUGAACCAACAUCUUGGUAAAUCAGUUUCUUAUUCCGCAUUACUCAAAUCUUACCAAAAAGAAGAAAAAAAACCCAGCUAACGUCUGCCGGCUUUGCUUUUGACCCCAGUAAUAUAGCUGAGAUUUGUUGUGGUUAAGCUACUUUUAAAACC